AACUGGAGAUCGCGCAUUAAAGCGUGCGCUCACAUCCUGAGCAUGAUCAGUGUUGACAAGUCUUACACGCGUCCUUCAUGUUCCUGGAGAUAGCCGGCGUGCUAUCCUUUUGUGUGCGAUGAGUGCCAAACACUCUGAUCUUCCAAACUAUGCAAUUUGUUCUCCUGAAGAGGCCAAAGAGUACGCAGAGCUUACACGCCAAGGUCAAUGGGGACUGUUGUCGUACGAGAUUUUCUGGAGGGACAGAUACUACUUCUUGGAGGGCAGAGGAUAUAUUCUCAGACCGCGAUUUAGACCUGACUGGAUACCUUCUUGGCUUGGAACGAAUCGCGAGCCCGAUUUCUGUGAAGACUCCAUUCGCUCGGUGAAGUACCAGGUUAUGGAUGCUAUAAAGAAAUCUGAUGGUACUCAGGUUUCUCUCAAGACAGUCUCAAAACACAACAAUGAGAUUUCUAUUGCUCGGUUUGUUUCCUCUCCCGAGCGUCUGCAAGAUCCGACCAAUCAUUGUGUGCCAAUAUUUGAUGUCUUCGACGACCCUUUGGACUCCUCACAGGCCUUCAUCGUGAUGCCAUAUCUCCGUCCAUUCGAUAAUCCAGAGUUUCGUACUAUCGGUGAAGUCAUAGACUUUGUCUAUCAAACACUUGAGGGUCUAUGCGUCAUGCACCAUCUUUGUGUUGCUCAUCGCGACUGUGCGGCAGCUAACAUCAUGAUGGACGGUCGUCCUCUCUUUCCCCAAGGACACCAUCCUGUUCGCCUAGAUUACACUGCAGAUGGUGUUUUUGACGCACCCUGCCUAUCACGACAAGAUCAUCCAGUCCGAUACUACUUCAUUGAUUUUGGCAUAUCCUCUCGUUUCAAGCGCGGGGAAAUUCCUCUUGUAAUUGGCACGAAAGGUAGAGACAAGGAACCACCGGAGAUGUCUGAUACACAUCCUUACAAUCCUUUUCCACUCGACAUAUUUGUCCUCGGUAAUGUAUAUCUCAAGGAGUUUGUGCAAAAAUACCACGGUCUCGAGUUUCUCGGAACAUUAAUCACUGCCAUGGUGCAACCUCAGCCGGAACGGCGUCCAACAGCGAUGUCUGCACUUCAGAUUUUCCAGGACAUUCGUUCGGGAGUGCCAGAUUCCACGUUGCGAUGGAGGCUACGCCCACGUGAGGAAUCCACCCCGGCGCGAGUAGUGUAUGAUACAGUUGCCGUCGCACGAGAGGGCAUUUAUCGCUUGAAGCGUCUGAUGUCGUGAUAUUCUUGUAUGUUGCUGCUUGUAUGACAUGGAUUGCCAGCUAAUCGUGAGUACCCCGUCAAGGAUUUCAUCCCAUUACAGCUAUCGCUUUGCUUGUGCUUUCUCUCAGAUUAUUCUAGGAAUACUACAAGCUGUAGUUUUCCGAUAUUAGAUUGCAACAUCUGCAUUCUACCUUUAUCUCAUCCAAUAUGGCUUCAGAAUGUGGACUGCACAAGGAACAGGGGGCCAAAUAACGCGUACAUGCAUGAUCGAGCUAGCGAUCUUGCGAUCCCGAUCGUGUCCCAAUGUGAUCGAUGCAAUCUGGAAUCUCGACUGCUUCACGCAUGCGUCUCUGCCUGCUCCAUCCAGCUGCUUCCAGUGACCACGUCUGCCGUGGCUGAGAUAACUGGCCUAAGUAUGCCCUAGUCCUUGCUUCCCGCUGCCCAUCGGCUGUGUUUUUCCUGGUGCGACACCGCAGAGACAAUUCGACGACUCUGCGACUCUUUAUCCUUGCACAGGCCACACCGAAAUUUAACUGCGUCUCAUACACGACCUGAUGCAUGCGGCAUUCCAUACGCCUACCUGAUUCGGAUAUUGACUACCAAUCCAGCGCAACGAGAUCAGACAAGCAAAGCGAUUCCAUGUCAGGUUUAAGUAUAAGUUAGACUUAUGAGGAACUGACUAACUCCUGAAACUACGUUUACGCCAGGCAAUGCAUCAAUUAAUACGAGCGUCCUAUACGUCUUUGCCGGCGUUUAGAGAACGUCAUCAUAUCAAUCCGGGGAUAUUGUAGGAACUAGUUUCGUUGGGUAAGCCCAGAAUGUCUCUCUUAACGGCGAUAUUCAUAUCAGCGUGACCUCAAAGAAAACCUUAGGGUGAAUAGGACGAUCAACGGGAGAGCGCUGUUGACUUGUCUUAUUAGAUCAACUUCAGUUGGGGCUCGAAGCUGCCUUCUUGACAGUCGAUUGUCUUGUCAAUGGGGAUUGAUGGGCAUUUCGAUCAGACUCGCACUCAAAAAAAUUCAAAUCGCCCAGGAAAAGUACUCUAGAUCUCGAAACGCUCAUCGUAUUGUGACGUUCGGCUGUUGGUUGUAGUAGGUUGUAGUAGGGUUCUGGAUUAGUACGGUAAAUGUUUCCUGAUCCAUGACCCUUGUUAACAAGUAUCUCUUGAUGAAGUUAUAAGGCAAUUAAGGAAUAUAAGUGAAUACACAUC